CUAAAUCAAGUAACCAUUCAAAAUAAAUACAAAAACACAGCAACCACUCUUCAUCACAUCACAAACAACAAAACCAAACCAAUCCAAACAAAUUCAUCACAACAAAAAGAUGAGAACAAGCAACCACUUAAUCGGUGUCCUGAACUUCCUAACCUUCCUCCUCUCAAUCCCAAUCCUAGGCGGUGGAAUAUGGCUAAGCAGCAGAGCAAACAACACCGACUGUCUCAAGUUCCUCCAAUGGCCGUUAAUCAUAAUCGGCAUAAGCAUCAUGGUUGUUUCACUAGCAGGUUUCGCCGGCGCGUGUUACAGAAACACCUUUCUCCUCAGGCUUUACCUCGUUGUCAUGUUCUGCGUGAUCGCGGUUCUUAUCGGGUUCAUAAUCUUUGCUUAUGUUGUAACGGAUAAAGGGUCUGGAAGAAGUGUUGUGAAUAAAGGCUAUUUGGAUUAUUAUCUGGAAGAUUACUCUGGAUGGUUAGAGGAACGUGUUGCGAGUGACGCGUAUUGGGGGAAGAUUAGUUCUUGUAUAAGGGAUUCUAAAGUUUGUAGGAAAUUAGCCAGGAAUUUUAAUGAUCAACCUGAAACUGCUGAUAUGUUCUCUCAGAGGAAACUCACUUCUGUUCAGUCUGGUUGCUGCAAGCCUCCAACAGAUUGUAACUUCGUGUAUCAAAAUGAAACAGUAUGGAUGUCAGGAGCAGGACUAAUAGCAAACAACCCUGACUGCACAAAAUGGAACAAUGACCAACAAGAGCUUUGUUACAGCUGUGAUUCUUGCAAAGCUGGUGUGCUUGCUAGUCUCAAGAAAAGUUGGAGGAAAGUCUCAGUGAUCAACAUUAUUGUUAUGAUCAUCCUUGUAAUUGUUUACAUAGUUGCUUAUUAUGCUUAUAGAAACAACCGCAGGAUGGAUAAUGAUGAGCCUUAUGGUGAAGCAAGGAUGACAAAAUCACAACCAAGUGCUUUUCAUCUUUAAUUAAUUAACUCUCUAGCUACUAUGUGGCUUUUGGACAUCUAUCUUAGGAUUUUGAGGAUUGGAUAUUUGUUUUGUAUCAAUUAUCAAUCCCUUGUAGUAUGUAUGAGUUUGGUUUUAAUCUUGCAAGUUGAAAUGUUGGAUGUAUUUAUUAUAUUUGUUUCUAGUUUAUUAGCCUCUGGUUUUUAA